CUGCUGGAAGAAGCGAGCUCAAAUAGCAUGCAAGUUCAUAAUCCUGGUUUUGUAGCAUUUUAAUAUUUUCACAGCGAGCUGGUGUUAUAUGAGAUCCAGAUCCAAGAACCAGAAACAUCUGCUCUGAUCAUCUUCGUGGAGUUUAUCAUACUUCUCCUUAAUCCUUAGUCCAACCUGAAAUGCAUUAUGAAUUACAGUGUAAUGUUACAGAACACCAUCCUUCAUGCCAAUGGAGACUCAUGGUGAACCAUAACCUGGAGGUGGAGGGAACAAUGUUGAGGACCAUGAUGAUCCUGAACCUUAAACCAAGAUUCUGACUGAUCCGAAUGCUGGAAGGUGCAUCUUGUUUCUUCAAGGAAAUCCUGUAGUCAGUUACACCACCCAUCUUUUACACGCAACUCUCACACCAUGCAGAUGGAUCCAGUGCUGGUGGAGUCAUUGGUGGUGUUCUCCAUUGUCCUGUGUGUGCACAUGGCUGUGUGGAACCAACUAUCAUGGUGUUGCAUUGCUUUGGCUGUCCAGGCCUUCUACGUCCAGCACAAAUGGGAUCGCCUCCUGCGAACAGGAGCAGCGGUCUUCCAGUUCCGUCCAUCAGCCAAUAGUGGUGUUUUGCCGGCCAGCAUGCUACUCCCAUUGCUUGGGCUCGCUUUGCGGGGUCGCUGUGUCGCUGUUGGGAAUGUCCAUUUUGAGCGUUUUGCAAUGGUGAUCACAGUGACUGGGAUGAUGUUGGCACUGUUUUUGUCGCUCAUUGCACUGGGAGUCACACGACCGGUGCCCAGCAACACCUGCGUGAUUACUGGAAUUGCUGCCAGCGCCAUCCUCUACACAGUCAAACAGACCCUGCUGGUUUCAGAGGUGAUUGAGGUGCUGGAGGUGCUGCUGAUCUUUGUCUACUUAAGUCUGAUCCUCCUCUAUCUCCUUCCUCGCUGCUUCACACCUGGAGAAGCCCUGCUCAUCCUGGGUGGCCUUAGCUUCAUGAUCAACCAGCUGAUCAAACGCUCAUUGAGCACCAGUGCUAGUACCAACACAGACCCCCUUCAUUUCUUCCUCCCUGUAGCUGUGGCAGGAUUGGUUUUGCUUGGCCUCAUCUUUUCCCUCCUCUUCCUCUUUAUGGAAUCUGAAACAUGGGCAGCAUCCGCCUUUUUCCACGUCAUGACCGCCGUACUUGCCUUGGGCCUGCUUGUUCCUUGGUUGUCCCUCCUCACCGGACACCACCCUUUCAUCUGGAUUUUAGAAUUCCUCACUCAUAGUAGUGACCGUCUGUGUUUGUUGGCAUACUGGGCAUUCCUGGUUUUGGCUGCACUGAUUGUAGUAGUACGUCAGAACACCCGGCGUACAGAAGGCACCAAGAAGUACCAAGCCUCCACAGCUGUAAGAAAGUACUUCCACCUUCUUAUUGUGUUAACCUUCGCCCCCGGUUUGGCCCUUGAUCGUCCUCUACUGCACCUAGCAGCUGUUGUAUGUCUAGCAUUGUUCCUUUUCUUGGAAUUGGUACGGAUUUUCCGGAUCCGCCCAUUGGGCUUGCUGUUGCGCAGGUUGCUGGCUGUUUUUCUGGAUGAUCGGGACUCGGGUCCACUUAUCUUCACACACAUCUACCUGCUUUUGGGAAUUUCGAUGCCUGUGUGGAUCUCGGAAGCGCCAUGCAUGUCAAAAGGAGGGGUGACAGGCGCUGGGGGAUUGGCACCCUACGCUGGCGUCCUAGCUGUAGGUGUUGGAGACACUGUGGCAUCUAUUUUUGGAAGCACAGCAGGUGAGAUCCGUUGGCCAGGCACCAAAAAGACUUUUGAGGGCACAGCGACCUCCGUGUUUGCACAGAUCAUCGCUGUGGCCAUAUUCCUGAUAGCGGAUACCAGUGUAAACUUAAACGCCAGCUACUCGUGGGUGGUGGGCUCCAUCGCUAUGGUAGCCAUGCUGGAAGCAUACACGUCACAGAUUGAUAAUCUUCUCUUGCCUCUGUAUUUAUAUGUCCUACUGAUGUUAUGAGCAUGCACAAACGCGCAUACACAUGCAAUUCUGUACAUUAUAUUGUGUAUAAGCAUUUCUUAGAUCUAAAACUCUGCACAAAUACACUACAGGGUCCAAAAGUUUGCACCCCUAUCAAGAACUGUUUUUAUUUUCUAACUUAUUAUUAGGGAAGAAUUUCUCAUUUGUUUUUUUCACUGUUUUUAACAGUAACGUAAUUUAUAGUCUCCUCUCAUCUCGUUAUCUCUAGCCGCUUUAUCCUGUUCUACAGGGUCGCAGGCAAGCUGGAGCCUAUCCCAGCUGACCACAGGCGAAAGGCAGGGUACACCCUGGACAAGUCGCCAGGUCAUCACAGGGCUGACACACAGACACAAACAACCAUUCACAUUCACACCUACGGUCAAUUUAGAGUCACCAGUUAACCUAACCCACGAAACCCACGCGGACACGGGGAGAACAUGCAAACUCCGCACAGAAAGGCCCUCACCGGCCACGGGGCUCGAACCCAGACCUUCUUGCUGUGAGGCAACAGCGCUAACCACUACACCACCGUGCCGCCCUAAUUUAUAGUCACUGAAUGAAAUCCAAAAGUGGAUUAUAAACACAAUGCGGUCCAUAGUAAGGUAAAUCAACCUCCAUGAAAGACUGCAUUAGGAGAGGUUAUUUUUCCUGAAUCAUAGACCAUUGUACCAAUUUUGAGAACAGGAAAAUACUUCAUGAAGGCUGAAGGAGCUUUAAAAAAAAAUGGCUCUCAUUUUAUUAGCAACAAUGAAGUGCACGCGGUUCGUUUUUCUGACACUGAAUCCUGAUAUUUCACAAAUCCACCAAGUCCUAAAAACAAGCCACUCAAUGAAUGUUCAAAUAGUGUUUUCUUUAAAACCUGAUCAAGAACAUGAAUUCUUACAAUGCUUAUCAAAAAUCUGGAAAAAAAAAACCCACACUUUCUGUGAGUAGUUACUGUUCUAUAUUUAAGUUAAGAUGUUGUUGCAUAAGUAGCACAACAUCUGUUCUUUACAGUUAUGAUUUCCACCAGUUUGGUAAUUAAACAUUGUCUGAUUUUUGUGGGCAAAACAGUAUAUCAGGCAAACCGUCAUUUAAAGGGCUUUCACAUGCGCAUGCAGUCUUUAGUAGAUUUGAAUCCAGCCUUGGUGUGGUUUGUAAGAACACAGGAAUAGCACUUUAGCAUGGACCAAAGUAAUCCAGUUCUAGAUGAAUUCCAGUGUGAGUUGAUUUGAUUGCAAUGAGAAACUGAUUCAGUGCUGAAUCUUGACUGCAAGAAUGAAUAACAAAGCUGUGAACUUUAGCUAGUGGGAAGUACAGUUAUUGUGCAUCUGUUAAACUGAUGCCUGAGGCACAAAAGCUUUGUUUCCUUUUUUCUGUUACCAUAUUUCUGACCAAUGAAAUAAAAAUAGUCUGGUUAAUAAAUGACUGACUGUUUUAUAGCAUCUAUAACAUACGUGAUGGUGAUCUAACUUGUCUUGUGGAGCUACAAAUGGUUAAGAUAACACUUUUAUUAAUCCCCAGGUAGGGAAAUUUGGAUGUUAACAGCAGCAGAAAGAUGGAUGAAGAAGUCUUGAUAGAAAUACAAUACUUGGAGGAUAUUACAUGGUGGUACGAAGAUAUGAACUUUAUCCUCGAAUUGUGAAUAUAUUCACGAGCGAGCAAAGUGAACGAGUGAUUUAUUUUUCAACAUGAGAAGAUAAAUUUUCACAAAUGUUCAAUAUUCGCGAACCCGCUCGCUUGACCGUCUCUUCCGAUGCUGGUGGUCGUCCAGAUCCUUUUGUCCUGCACACACAGCCUUCCUCUUUUGAACUUUUUGCGCCGUGUCCAAAUCUGCAUUGUUGUUGGUGCAUUUUUACCGAAUUCUGUCAUGAAUGCACGCUGCACAGUCUUGUUCGAGCGUACUCUAACACACAAAACGCCUUUUCUUUUCCAGUGAAUGGCAUUUCUAUACCUAAAAAGAAAUCAUUAAACAUAAAAUUUUGACCCGUUUCCACACAUGCUGUUAAAAUUUGAGGUCAAUUAAACAAGAAUUGGCAAAGUUAUUAGAUUGUGA